AUGUUAAAACCGUAUUUCCUGCACAACACAUCGACGCUGUCGUUGGCCCUUAUAGUUCUCUGCCUAACAUUUAAUGCUGCCGAGGCACGUUCACGAGACAAAGACGGCAGAAGACGUGCUGAACGUCUUUCUGACCCGACUUUUACCAACUAUGCUGCUUCCUCCUCCUCUUCCUCCGCAAGUCAUUAUAAUGCAUAUGGUGCAGGCCCUGCGUCAAUUGGCUCAGUACCCUAUUCAGUUUCUUCGGUUAAGUCGGCGUCAUCGAACUACUAUACUGGACCCAUUGACGAUACCGGCUUCUGUGUGCGGCGACGUGACAUGAAACUAAUGUGCUACUGUACUCCUGACGAAAAUCAUGUCCCCGUACAAAAGGCUGAAUGUUGGGUAUUCUCUGAUGGUUUACUUCAAAAUGACACCACAUGGACGCGUUUCUAUCAACAAACCCGCCUGCGUGAACUGAAAUUUGUCAUACAGAAUCAUGGUCGUUUGGACUAUAUACCGACUCACAUAUUGAAGCCAUUGGAGAAUUUGACCAGUAUUACCAUUGAAUAUUCGCAAGUGGAAAUCGUUCGCAGCUAUGCCUUCGCCAAUCUGCAUCAAUUGGAACGAAUUGUUCUAACAAACAAUAUGAUAAUUGCCCUGGACCAGGAAUCAUUUGCUAAUCACAUUCGUUUGCGUGAUUUGAAUUUGGAAUAUAAUAAGAUUUUCGAAAUUGACCGCAAUGCAUUCCGUAAUUUGCCACUAUGCGAACGCCUCAGUUUGAAUAACAACAAUAUAACGAAUUUACACGAUGGUCUCUUCUCGGAUUUGGUUCGUUUAAUCUAUUUGAAUUUGGCGCAUAAUCAAAUUAACACCCUGACAAGUCAAAUAUUCAAAGGCUUGGGUAAUUUAAAUGUUCUGAAGUUGACACAUAAUAAUAUCAAUUUUAUUGGUGAUACGGUGUUUGCUGAACUCUGGAGUUUAACGGAAUUGGAAUUGGAUGAUAAUAAAAUUGAGCGUAUAUCAGAACGUGCCCUUGAUGGUUUGAAUAAUUUGAAAACCUUAAAUUUACGUAAUAACCUUCUCAAGAAAAUCGAUAAUGGCCUAUUGCGUGGCACAACAGCCCUGCUGUCACUGAAUGUUCAAAGCAACAAAUUGGAAACUCUAACCUUCUACACAUUCCAACCAAUAAUGGACAAUUUGGUCAACAGUAGCAGUGAACUUUUGGUAAAUG